AUGGAAUUUUCUGCUCUACAGCCCACAAUACAGUGGUUGCACACACCACAAUCAACACAUGAUUGUCCACCUGGACUAGAAUAUUUGUCUCAAAUAAAUCAAUUACUAGUGUGUCAACGCUUUGAUCUUUGGAAAGACCUCAGUCAUUUUGAACAUAAUAAGAUAUAUGAAGUCAUGAACAAUCAAAGACAGAGAAUUUAUUUUGCAGAAGAGAAAUGCAACUGUUUCCUCAGACACCUUUGUGGUUCUUCAAGGCCUUUUACCAUGACAAUUUAUGACACCAUAGGCCGAGAUGUCAUUACUAUACAUAAAGCUCUCAGUUGUGGUUGUUGGAAUAACUGCUUCCUACAAAAGCUAAAAAUUGAGGCUCCUCCUGGUGAAACAAUUGGAUAUGUGUAUCAGUGUUUUCACCCAUUUUGGCCAAAGUUUAAAAUAAAAAAUGAGAAAAAGGAGGAUGUAAUGGAAAUAAGAGGGCCAUGUGUAAUUUCUAGCUGCCUCAAGGAUCUAAAUUUUAAUUUAUUGUCUAUAGAUGAAGAAAGAGUUAUUGGAAAUAUUUCAAGUUCUGAUAAAUUUGGGAUCCAGUUUCCAUUUGAUCUUGAUGUUAAGAUAAAAGCAUUAAUGCUUGGAGCAAGUUUCCUCAUUCAAUCUCUGCUUGCCGACGCCUUUCCACCUUAG